CGUACACAAAUACACAUAAAGAGAGGCUCGUAACCGAGAGUGCGGUUUUGCGGUGAGAAAGUUUGAGAGAAUUCCAGUCCAGUCCAUUGCACGACUCCUUUGCAAGCUGCUGCUGCUGCUGCCAUUAUACCCAGAAUUAUAGAGAGUCAGGCAGGCUUUGCGCGAGAAGGGCUAGCAUCGAGCCGAUGCCGAGAAUCAAGUGCAGUAGUACAAGCCUCGUGUGUGUACGCGUGUGACCAAAAAAAAACAUGCCCGAUAUCUGAUCGCGGAUCGCGUUGCUGCGUGAGUAGUAGUCGUCUUCUCUGCGAAGAAAGUAUCGUACUCGAGGAUGUCUCGAGAGCGCCAGUGAGACAUCCCCCCCGGAGAAGAUGAGUAGCAGCGGCGCUGGCAAGAAAGCCGCUGGCGGGCCCGCGGCCAAAGACAGCGGCGGCACCAGCGACAAACCAGCCAAGGACAAGACCACGGCAGCCGCAUCGACCUCGUCCAAGGAGGACACCCCGGCCAAGGACGCCAAAGAUGAAGCCGCAGCGAGUUCGGGGACCAACGGCUCGCCCGGUGCCGAGGGUACGUCCCAGCCGAGCAGCAAGCCGAGCUCGGCUGGGGCGGCGGCCCGCGAAGCCGCCCAAAAGCUCCUGUCGGUGGCGAGUCGCGGCGAAUGGUCGGCCGCCGAUCCUCUUCUCAAAACCCUCGAAAAAGUCGUCCAGAGCCAGGGGGAGGACGCCCAUCCACCCUUGGCGGGACUCAUGGACCCACAAACGGGCAUGACUCCACUGAUGUACGCAGUCAAAGACAACCGCACGGCUUUCCUCGACCGCAUGAUCGAGUUGGGUGCCGACGUUGGAGCACGCAACAACGAUAAUUACAAUGUCCUGCACAUCUCGGCGAUGUUCUCGCGAGAGGACGUCGUCAAGCUUCUGCUUUCAAAAAGAGGUGUCGAUCCGUACGCGCCAGGAGGACCCAGACAACAGACCGCAGUCCAUCUCGUGGCAUCACGACAAACCGGGACUGCUACGUCUAUUUUACGAGUUCUACUGGCCGCGGCGGGUCGAGACAUACGAUUGAAAGUGGAUGGCAAGGGAAAGAUCCCGCUGCUGCUGGCCGUGGAGGCCGGCAACCAGUCGAUGUGCAGGGAGCUGCUCUCGCAGCAGGCGCCCGAUCAGUUGAGGGCGACGAAUCCCGCCGGCGACACGGCCCUCCAUCUGGCCGCGCGCCGACGCGACGUCGACAUGUGUCGGAUCCUGGUCGAUUACGGCGCCUCGGUGGACUCGCAGAACGGCUCGGGCCAGACGGCCCUGCACAUAGCGAGCGCCGAGGGCGACGAAACCCUGGUCAAGUACUUUUACGGGGUCAGGGCCUCGGCGUCGAUAACCGACCAUCUGGACCGCACGCCGAUGCAUCUCGCCGCGGAGAACGGCCACGCGAGCAUAAUCGAGCUGCUCGCCGACAAGUUCAAGGCGAGCAUCUUCGAGCGCACGAAGGACGGCUCUACGCUGAUGCACAUAGCGUCGCUCAACGGGCACUCGGAGUGCGCCACGAUGCUGUUUAAGAAGGGCGUCUAUCUGCACAUGCCGAACAAGCGUGGCGCCAGGUCGAUACACACCGCGGCCAAGUACGGCCACGUGGGCAUCAUUUCGACUCUGCUGCAGCGAGGCGAAAAGGUCGACGCGGUGACCAACGACAAUUACACGGCGCUGCACAUAGCCGUGGAGAGCGCAAAGCCUGCCGUUGUCGAGACUCUAUUGGGUUACGGUGCCGAGGUGCACGUGCGAGGCGGCAAACUUCGCGAGACGCCGCUCCACAUAGCCGCAAGGGUCCCCGACGGCGACAGAUGCGCGCUCAUGCUGCUCAAGUCCGGCGCCGGCCCCAAUCUGGCCACGGACGACGGACAGACGCCCGUGCACGUGGCGGCGAGCCACGGCAAUCUGGCCACGCUCAAGCUGCUGCUCGACGAUGGAGGAGAUCCCAUGUUCAAGUCCAAGGCCAGCUCGGCUGCGCAAGCUCGUCUGCUGGAAGACGAUAUUAAAGUCUUUUAUAACGGCGAGACACCGCUUCAUCUCGCCUGUCGUGGCUGCCGCUCGGACGUCGUGCGCCACCUCAUCGAGUUCGUGCGCGACAAGAAGGGCCCCGAGCUGGCCACCAGCUACGUCAACAGCCUGAGUUUCGAGGGCGCCAGCGCCCUGCACUACGCCGCCCAGAUCGAGCCCAAGGAGGUGGUGCAGCCGGGUGACGAUCGGGCCGUCAUCCGGGCUCUCCUCGAGAACGGCGCCGACGUGGGGCUCCAGACCAAGCAGGCCCAGGAGUCGGCCUUCCACUACUGCGCCCUGGCGGGCAACAACGAGGUCUUGUCAGAGAUGAUCAGCCACAUGAGCGCCACCGAGGUGCAGAAGGCGCUCAACAAGCAGAGCGCGGUGGGCUGGACGCCUCUGCUCAUAGCGGCGCAUCGCGGACACAUGGACAUCGUGAACAAUCUGCUGGCGAAUCACGCCCGAGUCGACGUGUUCGAUCUGGAGGGUCGCUCGGCACUUCAUCUCGCUUCGGAGCACGGCUACCUCGAGGUCUGCGACGCCCUGCUGGCCAACAAGGCCUUCAUCAACAGCAAGUCCCGAGUGGGCCGCACCGCGCUACAUCUGGCCGCGAUGAACGGCAACACGCACCUGGUGCGCUUCCUCGUGCAGGACCACGGCGCGGCUCUGGACGUACUCACGCUACGUAAGCAGACGCCGCUGCAUUUGGCCGCGGGGGCGGGCCAGCUGCUGGUCUGCAAGCUACUAUUAGAACUGGGCGCGAGCAUCGACGCCACGGAUGAUCAGGGCCAGAAGCCCAUACACGCCGCGGCGAUGAACAAUUACGCCGAGGUGGCCCAGCUGUUUCUCCAGCGCCAUCCGAGCCUGGUGAUGGCCUGCACCAAGGACGGCAACACGUGCGCGCACAUCGCCGCGAUGCAGGGCUCGGUGCGCGUGAUCGAGGAACUGAUGAAAUUCGACCGACAGGGAGUGAUCACGGCGAGGAACAAGCUGACCGAGGCGACCCCGCUGCAGUUGGCGGCUGAGGGUGGCCACGCCGAGGUCGUCAAGGCCCUGGUGAGGGCGGGCGCCUCGUGCGCCGACGAGAAUCGCGCGGGUUUCACGGCGGUGCAUCUCGCGGCGCAGCACGGCCACGGACAGGUGCUGGAGGUCAUGCGAUCGUCCCAGAGCCUGAGGAUAUCCAGCAAGAAGUUGGGUGUCACCGCCCUGCACGUAGCCGCUUACUUCGGACAAGCUGACACGGUGCGAGAGCUACUGACUCACGUGCCGGGCACCGUGAAGUCCGAUCCGCCGACGGGCGGCUCGCUGGUCGGCGAGCUCGGCAGCGAAUCGGGCAUGACGCCGCUGCACUUGGCGGCCUACUCGGGCAACGAGAACGUCGUCAGAUUACUCUUGAACUCUGCCGGUGUGCAGGUCGAAGCCGCGACAACGGAGAACGGGUUCAAUCCAUUGCAUUUGGCCUGUUUCGGUGGUCACAUAACGGUGGUCGGCCUGCUGCUGAGUAGAUCGGCCGAGCUGCUGCACAGCGCGGACCGCUACGGCAAGACGGGUCUGCACAUAGCGGCGACCCACGGCCACUACCAGAUGGUCGAGGUGCUGCUGGGCCAGGGCGCCGAGAUCAACGCCACGGACAAGAACGGCUGGACGCCGCUGCACUGCGCCGCGAGGGCCGGCCACCUGGACGUGGUGCAGCUGCUCGUGCAGAGCGGCGCGUCGCCCAAGAGCGAGACCAAUCUCGGCUCGGCGCCCAUAUGGUUCGCCGCCUCCGAGGGGCACAACGACGUUCUCAAGUAUCUCAUGGAGAAGGAGCACGACACCUACGCCCUCAUGGAGGACAGGAGGUUCGUGUACAACAUGAUGGUGUGCAGCAAGAGCCACAACAACAAGCCGAUCGAAGAGUUCGUACUGGUCUCGCCCGCGCCCGUCGACACAGCCGCCAAACUGUCCAACAUCUACAUCAAGCUGUCGGAAAAGGAGAAGGAGCGCGCCAAAGACUUGAUCGCCGCCGGCAAGCAAUGCGAGGCGAUGGCGACGGAGCUGCUGGCCUUGGCCGCGGGCGCCGACUCGGCGGGCCGCAUCCUCACCUCGAUGGACAGGCGCAACGUGGAAUUUCUCGACGUCCUGAUCGAGAACGAGCAGAAGGAGGUGAUCGCCCACACGGUGGUGCAGCGCUACCUGCAGGAGUUGUGGCGAGGCAGCCUAAAUUGGAACGCAUUUCGCACGAUACUAUUGUUCAUAGUAUUCGUCAUCUGCCCUCCGGUCUGGGUUGUCUUCGCCCUUCCCCUCGGACACAAGUACAACAACGUGCCCAUCAUCAAGUUCAUGUCCUAUCUGACCUCGCACAUCUAUCUCAUGGUGUUUCUGGCGCUCGUCGGCAUCAUACCGGUCUACACGGUCAAUCGUAAUCCCCUCGUCCCGUACUGGUACGAGUGGUGUCUGCUGGUCAUGCUCUCGGGCCUGCUGCUCUUCGAGCUCACCAAUCCGAGCGACAAGAGCGGCCUGGGCUGGAUCAAGCUGGCUGUGUUACUGUUCGGCAUAUUCGGCGUGGCGUUCCACCUGCUCGGCUACUUCAACAUCGUCGCCGUCGACAAUUACGGCACUCUGCUCUAUCUGCGAAAUCAGCUCUUCGCCCUGAGCUUUUUGCUGGCCUGCGUGCAGAUCCUGGACUUUCUCUCGUUUCAUCAUCUCUUCGGGCCCUGGGCCAUCAUCAUCGGCAAUCUCAUGAAGGAUUUGGCCAGAUUCUUGGCCGUCUUGGCCAUCUUCGUGUUUGGCUUCUCGAUGCACUUCGUCGCGUUGAAUCAGGCCUUCAAGGAGAAGAGCAACCGAGACACGAACAAACAGAACAAGCCUCCGUUCUCCGAUGAAAUGGUGGCGCAAAAUUUAACCGAUUGGGAAAUGAUCGAGACUAACGUACCGAUUCCACCGGUAACGUCGCAUCGACGCUUUGGGCGCUACAAGAAAAAGACCGGUUGCGACGAUACACAAGACCUGAAAAUGAAUCCGAUGCUCGCCUUCGAGUAUCUCUUCUUCGCCGUCUUCGGCCAGACGACCCACAGCGAGCUCAAGGUCGAGCAGAACCAGCCCGAGUGGACCUCGAGCCUCUUCAAGCUUGCCUUCGGCGUCUACAUGCUCGUGGCGGUCAUCGUCCUCAUCAAUCUGCUCAUCGCCAUGAUGAGUGACACGUAUCAGCGCAUCCAGGCCCAGUCGGACAUCGAGUGGAAAUACGGAUUGAGUAAACUUAUUAGAAAUAUGCACAGAACGACCACCGCACCCUCGCCGCUGAACCUCUUCACCACCUGGAUCGUGUACUUCAUCAAGCAGUGCCAGCAGCGCAGCGCCAGCAAGAAGCGGCCCUCGCUCGUGCACAUGAUGGGCCUGCAGCGCAGCGGCGGGCGCAUGUCUCCGCGCUCCAAGAUGGGCGCCAAGUGGCUGUCCAAGGUGAAGAAGGGCCCCGAGAGCCAGGAGGCCAAGGACAGCAUCACGGCCCUGUCGGUGAUGCAGCAGAUGCAUCUGUCGCCGCUGGGCAGCCAGCUGUCCUUCAACAGCGCGGCCAGAAUCGAGAGCGUCGUCGACUGGGACGCCAUACGCAAAAAGUAUCUCGUGCUCACGGGCAACGAGCCGGAGAAGGAGCCCGAGAAGGAGGAAAAGGACAGCGAGGAUAACGAGCAUCAGCAGCAGCACGACGCGAUGAAUCUCAAUGGGAACAAUGCCUUCGGGGCGGCCUCCAAUGCUCCGGGAUCGCAGUCCAAUAAUCCGCCAAUUUAAAAAAAAAAAAAACAGCUGCAUUCGACGAACUGCACCUCCACAGCACAACACACAACAAAUAAACCAACAAACGACGUAGUUUAUGUAUAUAUCGUAGAAGAAUAUCGUGUUUCAGUGUUAAAGAUAAUAACGCUUAAUUGUAAAGUAUAUUUAAAGAUUAACGAAACAAAAAAUAAUAAUAAUAAUUAAACACUCGCGUGUUCGUCGAUCGAAGAAAGAAGAACGAAAAUACCAAGAAACGACGACGACGACGACAACGACUACGACGAUGCGUUUCGUCGCUGUCGUACUUUUAGCGAAACGACGACGGCCCCCUCGCCGCUGAAUCU